UCUGAGGAGAACAGAGGUACUAUCACCUCGGUAAUAAACCCGUUACCUGUUUAUAAGAGACGGCUCUGUUCUUUUAUCAGAUACAAUUCAUAAAACUUUGUGUGUCAAGCAUGUGUUGUGCAUUCCCUGACUAGUACAACUGAUCACAGAGAAGACUGGUGUUAUUUCAAACCAUACUUUUUUGGCAAAUCAUCUCCAUUACACAAGUGCAUCCUCCACGAGCUGUUUAUUUUAUCAACUUCGUGCAGGGCGUUGGCCAUUAGCACAUGUAUUUCUUUUAAAGUGCUAACUUGUAUGACAGAUAUUGUGUGUUUUUCUAGUUUCUUCAAGGGAGAACACAGAACUUCUUUUUAACUGACUUGAUUUUAAUGUAUGGCAGCCGCGUCACAUUGCUUGGAAGUAUCUGAGAACGAUAAACAGAGUAACGUAACUACACCGUCAACAAUGAAGGAACUCCCUGUGAUUACUACUAAUGGAGAUAGAGAUUAUAGACUGGAAGACUUUGAAAUAAAGAAAACUAUAGGUACAGGUACUUUUGGAAGGGUAUGUCUGUGUCGAGAUAAGCUUACUGGUGCUUACUACGCUAUGAAAAUUUUAGAAAUAGCUGACGUCAUCCGAUUAAAGCAGGUGGAACACGUGAAGAAUGAGAAGUCCAUUCUUAAACAAGUUAUUCAUCCAUUCAUCAUAGAUAUGCUUUGGACAACUCACGACGAUACCUCUCUCUACAUGUUGUUUGAAUACGUGUGUGGGGGAGAGUUAUUCACGUAUCUACGAAACGCUGGAAGAUUUAGUAGCACAACGGGAGUCUUUUAUGCUGCAGAAAUAGUGCUGGCUCUUGAAUAUCUACACAAACAACAAGUUGUAUACAGAGAUUUGAAACCAGAAAACCUCCUGCUGGAUAGAGAAGGUCACCUCAAAAUCACGGACUUUGGCUUUGCCAAAAACCUAACAGACAGGACAUGGACAUUAUGUGGAACACCUGAAUACUUGGCUCCAGAAAUCAUCCAGAGUAAAGGACACAACAAGGCUGUCGAUUGGUGGGCUUUUGGAAUACUAAUCUACGAAAUGUUAGCUGGAUAUCCUCCAUUUUUUGAUGACAACCCUUUUGCCAUAUACGAGAAGAUUCUUGCAGGUAAAAUAGACUGGCCACGGCACAUUGACCCAAUAGCAAAAGAUCUAAUAAAGAAGGUACUGGUGCAAGAUCGCACUAAACGCUUAGGUAAUAUGAAGAACGGAGCAGAUGAUGUCAAAAAACAUAGAUGGUUCAAAGGCACUAAUUGGGACGAUGUCCUGAACAAAAGAGUCAAACCACCUAUAGUUCCUCGUGUUAACCACAACUCUGAUACAAGAUACUUUGACCGCUUUCCAGAGAAGAAAUGGAAAACUGUUUCCAUAAAAAUAGCAGAAAAGGAUCUUGCUUUUUUUACAGAUUUUUGAAAACUACGCUAGUCUUCACUAUAGUUUAAAAGUCUUUGUUUUUCUUUUUGAUGAAAAAAACACGUGAACAAAAUCUCUAAAUUAUCCGUUUUAAAUGAAAUUAUACAUCAGAUUUUGGUCGUAAUCUCAAGCUAUGGUGCCAUCUGAUAAUAUUAAAUACGUUUAUAAAAUAUACUAUAUGCAUUGAUGGUAUUAAAAAGUAGUAUUCUGCUGUUAGUGAGAAAUUAUAAAAUUCGAUAUCACAAUGAGGAUUUAGUUAUGUUAAUAUAUGUUCCUUUUUUUGCUACAGGUAACUUUGUUACAAAUGUGAUAAGAAGUAUGUAAUUAGUGUAUUUUUGUUUGUAAGAAUUGAGUUUAUGAUUUAAUUCAGACUCUAUUAUUAAUGUUUUCAUUUCCAGAUUUUGAGUUUUGAAGUUUUGAUAAUAUACAUCAAAUUUUGAUGUUUUUUCUUCAAUGUUUGUAAUAUAUUUUUGAAAUCUGUUUUUUAUUUUUUAUCUGUUUAAUUAUGAACACAUUCAGAGAUAAUGUUAUUUCAUCUGUCUUUUGUAUUUGAUUAACACUAAUUUCAACACCGUUUAAUUAGUAAAAAAGACAAAGAAUGGUUCAUUUAGAAAAGAACGUACAGAUUCUCUAUCAACAAUAUUUGGUAACGUAAAUAAUAUUUUAUCAACUUCCUUUGCUCUAAUGUUGGAGGUUUUGUCAGAAUUAUAUGUUACUUUCAGAGUUAAACAGGAAGUGACAAGGAAGCAAAAUUAUUGUAUUUUCCAAAGAAGAAAACUAGAACAUUUUAAUUUCAUAUAAAUACACCAUAUAUAUAAUUUUAGUAUUUCAGUAUUUGUUGCAUCAACGAUUAGUAAAGAUCUGUUCUCACUUCUGCGUUCUAUAUCUAUAGAUUGCUUGAAUCAAAUGGUUGUACCCUUACAGCAAAUAUUACAUUACGAUUCUCAUUCUUAACCAUUUCUAUAAGAAAAAAUAACUAAUAGGUUGUUAUACAUUCCGUUUGUUAGAUAUUGAUUAAACGUUCCCUAGAUCCAGAAAUCCUUUUGUGAUAACAUAAUAAAGCUUGUAUAGUGUUCUUAAAAUAAAAGUCGAUUAAACAUAGCAGCCUUUAGCUAUGUCAUUAGUUUAUUUAAUAGAGGAGAACGAAAUACACAUUUCUCUAUUAUUAUUAUUAUUAUUACGUUGUUACGUGAGGAUACGUGUCUUUAGAAUCCCUGAUAAUUAUGGAACUUUGAUAUGAUUUUUCUAAUAAAAAUUGUUUACUGCUUUACAAAAUCACUAAGAUAACAAUAAUUUUUAAUUCCGAGUAGAAAAUGUUCUUCUAUGACCCGGAUUAUUAAUGAUUCAGAAGUGAAAUGUUUAAAAGGAAUGCUUAAAAUUGAGACUUUUGAAAUUAAAAUUUCCUCUCUUUACUAGUGUUAUAUAACAUAUUCGAGGUUUUUUAUUUUGCUGUUAAAACGUGUAAGUAGCUUUAUUGUGCAAUAUAUCGUAAAAUAUGUACAUAACUGUUUGUUUAAUAAGACCUUGAAAUGUUUAUAAAAUAUAUAAAAAGUAAUGUUAGCCUUUCUUUGAAGCUUAAUAUUUGAAAAAUAUAAAGAUCAAUUAAAUUCCGUGUGGUUACCAUA